AAUGAGAGCGAGAGAACUCAAACCAUUCGCUCUCUUUGCAUCUUCUUUCUUUUUCAUUUUCUCCAUUACCUUUUGAUCUUCGAUAUAUAAAGAGUGAACGUAUUAAUGCGUACGCACGACUAAACUACACAUUCAAAAGUCAAUUUCAAAUAGUGUGGCGAUUUUUCCAGCAAGAAACGGUUUGCAAUGUGUGCAAGACUUAAUUGCAUUUGUAUUGGUAAUGGAUUUAUUUAUUUCGCUUCUCUUUUGCAUUUCAAAAGUGAUUUCCGAAUUGCUUUUUAUAGAUUUGAAUUUGAAAUUAAUUCUGAAUAUCAUUUCCGGUGAAUAAUCUUGAGAUCAUGAUCCAUUUUUUUCGUAUUAAUUGCAAACAUGACGAGCGUGCAGAUGUGAACACAGUAUACACUGUGUGUUUUUGUGAACCAACCAUCAUGUCUUCCCGACCGAACUGUCAUAAUACAUGCACAUACGAAAACAGUGGUCUGUGACGUCAUUUUUUUUGGUUACAAAACAACAUCCAUUAAAAACUAUCGAGUAUAUACGCAAAUACGAAAGGGGAAAACAUACAUCAUUAAGUCAACAAUUGUGAGAAGAGAAAAAAAGAAAUUAUUCAAUUAUCUACACAGAGAAAUGGCCACGCUAUUUACUUGACAAAUCAAACAAAUUACUCGCGAACUGGAACCAUUUAUUGAUUCGGAGGAUUUGUUUUGUGUGUGAAUUGUAAUUGAUAUUUAGCAAUUUUACAUUGAAAUGUCGUACAACAAUUACACAGGUGACAUUGUUCACUUGAAUGUCGGUGGGAAAAAGUUUUCAACAUCACGACAAACGCUUACUUGUAUACCAGACACAUUUUUCACGGCACUGCUCAGUGGCCGUAUAUCUAGCCUGCGAGAUGAUAGUGGAGCCAUUUUCAUUGAUCGUGAUCCAACGUUGUUUGGAAUAAUUCUGAAUUACUUACGCACACGCGACAUUGAUAUCAAACAAUGUGAUUUGAGGAUACUACGGCACGAAGCUGAAUACUACAACAUUUCGCCAUUGGUGCGACGAUUAAUUCUGUGUGAAGAUUUAAAUCAUUCAUCGUGCGGUGAUGUGUGGUUCUAUGCACAUUUGACACCACCAGUGGUACCAGGACAUGAGCUGGGCGAAACAUCAACGGCAGCUGUCGCUUCAGCAACGCAAACUUCCAUCACAACGAGCACUACAGCUCCUGUACCACCGCCUACAACAGUCGAAACAAAUGUGUCGCAACCAGCAGCUCCAGUCGGUUCGGUCAAUCAAGACAUCACAGCACCAACGUCAGUGACACCAGUUCCACUGGCUGCUGGAAGUUUAAUCAAUGCUCGGCCAGGCUCAAUGGUUCGCGUUCCGGAAAUGGCCAAUGGACGAAGCAUUGUUUAUCCACACUAUCGCCAAAGAGAUGACUUUGAUGGAUCACGUGACGAAUUUAACCAACGCGAAGAGUACAAUUUACAAAGAGACAAUUCAUUUAGUAGUAUCAAUCAAGCGUCAUCAUCGCGUCAUUCGGGCCAUUCGCGAAAUUCAUCGUGGGAACUUCGAUCAACGUACAAUGGAACGGCACCAUCUCGGAAUGCCCAAGGCUGGAAUGCUUCGGCACAUUCUCGAACAGCGUCAUUGGAUCUACGACAUUCGCGAAAUUCAUCCGCUGAUCUCAACAAAAUCAUUCGCAAUGACGUCGGCCUAGUGUUCAAUCCACAUCAGCAAUCGGCCGGUUUCUACGAUCCACUUCGAGUGCAAAUAAUUAAAGCGCAUCACAAUUGGAUUUCGGCCGCAUAUCCACAUUUUGUCACAUGCUAUCGGUUGAAGGACUCUUCGGGAUGGCAGCUAGUAUUCACAUCGCCCUACAUCGAAGCAACUAUCGAACGAUUGGCCAUCAAAGUGAACUUUUCCAAUGCAAAUGAGAAAACACAAAGCAAAAUGGUGGCAAUUUCGUAUGGCAGUAUGAUUCGAUUGUGGCGAGUGUCUGACGAUGGAAAUAAAAGUGACGUGGGCAUUUUUAAUUUGAAUGUUCGUGUCGAGUAUUUAUUUUUCAUUGGAAAUCAAUUGGUGGCCUUGUCAUCAAUUGGGAAAAUUGGUGUUUGGCAUGCAAUGACACAACACUGGCAAAUCCAAGACCUCUGCCCAAUUUUAUCGUUCGAUACAGCCGGCUCAUUUCUGCUGCUCGGCUGUAACAAUGGCAGCAUUUACUAUAUCGAUAUGCAGAAGUUUCCGCUACGAAUGAAAGAUAACGACUUACUAGUUACCGAAUUAUAUAAAGAUCCAACACUAGAUCACAUUACGGCAAUAUCCGUGUAUUUAACGCCCAAAACCACAAGUUUAUGCGGCAAUUGGAUUGAAAUUGCGUAUGGCACACGGUCGGGUAGUGUACGAGUCAUCGUUCAACAUCCAGAAACAGUUGGCCACAGUCCGCAGCUAUUCCAAACAUUCACUGUGCAUCAAAGUCCCGUUACCAAAGUCAAACUCUCCGAAGAGUUUUUGAUUUCAGUGUGCAGCGAAUACAAUCAUGUGAGAACUUGGCGUGUACCGCGCUUCAGAGGCAUGAUUUCAACACAGCCCGGAUCAACGCCAGAGGCAUCGUUCAAAAUUGUUUCGUUGGAAUCAACAGACAGCGCUUACAGUUACUCGGCAGGAAAUGACUUUGGUCCAUUCGGCGAACAAGAUGAUGAACAGGUGUUUGUGCAAAAAGUCAUUCCUGAAACCGAUCAGCUGUACGUACGAUUGGCAUCGAAUGGCGAUCGCGUCUGUGUUAUCAAAUCAAUUGAUGGUUCAACCAUCACCUCGUUCUGUGUGCACGAAUGCGAGAAAUCAUCUCGAAUGGGAUCGAUGCCAAGGCGUUUUAUAUUGUCCGGUCACAGCAAUGGAGCCAUUCAAAUGUGGGAUCUCACCACUGCUCUGGAAUUUAUUCAGAAAAAGGAUUCGUCGGCUCAAUCAGUUGGAGGUGGACCAACGCCCGAGGAGCUCAUUCAAUUGUUGGAUCAAUGUGACAUAAGUAACAGCCUUUGCUCAACGCCAUGCAUGUCACCGUGCCUCUCAUCCAUGUCAUCCAACACAAUAACACGAUUGAAACAAUCAAAUAUAGCAUUUUUGAAUCAAGUUCACAACAAUGAAUAAUUCAAUUUGAUUUGGUUCAACCUAUGCUUGGAACAGGAAUUAUCCACGUUUUAUUCUUCUCUGAAUUCGAUUAGAUAAACAAACAAGAGGUAUACUGGAUUUUUAAGGGAAUUUCUGACAAAAAAAAAUGUCUCUUGUCACGUGUUGAUAUGUUCAGAGUUUUUUCCCUUUCAAAUGGCACCAAAAUUUCGGAUGAAAUCGAUACGAUUUUAUGAAAAUGAAUCUUAUUUUUCUAUGUUUUUUAAAGGACCAGACUGAAAAUAUUUAGAUUAAAUUGUAGCAUUUUCAGCAUUUUCUGUUUAGUUAGAACAUUCAAAUAGAAUUUACAUUUGUAUUUAACGAGAGAGAAAAAAAUGAUAACCAAUUCACCGCACACCGAACAAUAUUUUUAUUUUGUGUUUUACUAGCAUUUCAACUUUUUUUCGUUACACUUAUUUUAUACUUAUUGUGAUAUAUCAAAAGAGAAACAAAUUAUAAAAAAAAAUUCAGCAAAAAAACAAAACAAAUAUUUUAUUCUUGGCAACAGAACCCAUGAGAUUGCAUUUUUAUUAGUUGAAUCAGAUGAUUUAUAUAACAUCCCAAAGAGAAGAAAAUAAAAUAUCAUUUUUUAUUUUAUUUCAAA